CAGAACCCUUCUAAAAACCUGCGGCAAAAACAAACCAAACAACCAUGUCGCCCAGCUUCGUCUUCGAACCUCCCAGCGACGAAGAAAUCGAACACUCCGAACGAGAAGAGGAAGAAGAAGACGAAGAAGAACAAGAGGAAGCUGAGUCAGGAUCAGAUUCUGACUCAGAAGAAGAGGGACGGCACAAAGAAGCGCGGGUUUCGAAGAAGAAAACGCAGUCUCCAUGGGACUUCGCCAAAUACACGGAAUCAGUGGCCGAGGAACACGCUCGCAGGAGCACAACCUCUGUGGACGAGAAAAUCUCCAAAGCUCUCCGACAACGUUCUACGCCGCUCGUUGCGGAGCUUGACCACAGCUCCGAGUCUGAACUUGAUGAACAAGAAGAUUAUAAACCGGAUGAAGAAGACGAAGAGGAGGGUUAUGGUGGUGAUAGCAAGUCCUUUUUUGCUCCUUCUGAUGGAACCUCUUUCCAUGCCGAUUCCUUCCUGCAGCUUAAUUUGUCUCGUCCUUUGCUCCGGGCUUGUGAGGCCCUGGGGUAUGCUAAACCAACGCCAAUUCAGGCAGCAUGUAUUCCAUUGGCAUUGUCUGGUCGUGAUAUAUGUGGGAGUGCCAUUACUGGGUCAGGGAAGACAGCUGCAUUUGCACUACCUACGCUAGAGAGGUUGUUGUUCCGUCCAAAACGCAUGCGUGCAAUAAGGGUCCUCAUUCUUACUCCAACCAGAGAAUUGGCCGUCCAAGUUCACAGUAUGAUAGAAAAGCUUGCUCAGUUUACUGAUAUAAGGUGUUGCCUGGUUGUUGGGGGUCUGUCAACAAAGGUGCAAGAGGUUGCUUUGAGAUCAAUGCCAGACAUUGUUGUGGCUACUCCAGGACGCAUGAUUGACCAUUUACGCAAUGCUAUGUCUGUUGAUUUGGAUGAUCUUGCUGUUCUCAUCCUUGAUGAGGCAGAUCGUCUUUUGGAGCUUGGAUUUAGUGCUGAAAUUCAAGAACUUGUUCGUUUGUGCCCCAAAAAAAGGCAGACUAUGCUGUUUUCAGCAACAAUGACUGAGGAGGUUGAUGAACUUAUUAAGCUUUCCCUGUCAAAGCCCUUGCGUCUUUCUGCUGACCCAUCUACAAAACGGCCUGCAACCUUGACUGAGGAAGUUGUCAGAAUACGAAGAAUGCGUGAAGUAAACCAGGAGGCCGUUCUUCUUGCAAUGUGCUCAAAAACUUUUACCUCCAAAGUCAUCAUCUUCAGUGGAACAAAGCAAGCAGCACAUAGAUUAAAGAUUAUAUUUGGAUUAGCUGGCAUAAAAGCUGCUGAGCUUCAUGGAAAUCUUACUCAAGCCCAGCGUCUGGAAGCUUUGGAACAGUUUAGGAAGCAGCAAGUGGAUUUUUUGGUUGCAACAGAUGUGGCUGCUCGUGGCCUUGACAUUAUUGGUGUUCAAACAGUUAUCAACUUUGCAUGUCCACGUGAUCUUACUAGCUAUGUUCAUCGUGUGGGUCGGACUGCAAGAGCUGGAAGAGAAGGAUAUGCUGUCACUUUUGUGACUGACAAUGAUCGAUCACUUUUAAAAGCCAUUGCCAAGAGGGCCGGUUCAAAGUUGAAAAGCCGCAUUGUUGCUGAGCAAUCUAUACUUAAGUGGUCUCAUAUUAUUGAGCAAAUGGAGGAUCAAAUUGAUGAAGUACUUCGAGAAGAGAGUGAAGAAAGAGCCCUAAGGAAAGCUGAAAUGGAGGCCACAAAGGCCGAAAACAUGAUUGAACAUAAGGACGAGAUCUUUUCCCGUCCCAAAAGAACAUGGUUUGUCACAGAGAAGGAGAAAAAGCUUGCUGCCAAAGCAGCUAAGGCAUCCUCCCUAGAGAAGAACAAGAGUUCUGGGAAAGAGGUAAUUAGCGCCGAACAAGCUGAAGACCUCAGAAUGAAGGAAAAGAGGAAGCGAGAGCGAGAGAAACAUUUGCCUAGAAAGAAGCGCAGAAAGUUAGAAGCAGCUAGAGAGAUGUUGGAGGAUGAGGAGCAGGAUGGUAACCAAGUAGAGGCCAAGGGGACGAAUAAAAAAGAAAAGGGUGGAUUGUCACUUGUUGAUCUUGCUUACAGACGGGCAAAAGCAGUGAAGGCUGUCAAGAAGGCAGUGGAUUCUGGCAAGAUUGUGAAGAAGAGUCAGAAGAAAUCUAGUAAUGUUCCCAGAAAAACUCCCUCAAGGACAGAAGAGAUGAGGGAUCUAUUCCAGACUGACAUGAAGGAUAAAAAGCCAAAAAGAAGAGGUGUUGGAGGAGGAAAGAAGGCGAAGAGUUCAUUCAAAAGCAAGUCAAGGUACAAGCGCAAGUAGUCUGUGAAGCUGAUAAUCCUUGUCAUAAACUUGUGCAUGGAAGGACCAUAGAAACCUGCAAUGUGUCCUUAUUACUAACCAGACACGUAUUCAAAUGCAUAUACCGGAUAUCUACUCCCACCAUUGGAGGUGUGAAUUUUAACUGAUGCAUUUGGGUGGUGAUGGUGAGUGGUGUGUAACCUCUGUUGUGGGGUUAUGGUAGCUGUAACUAAUACUACCAAUACUGCCUUUUUGGUAAUUGUAUCACUAGCUUUUUGUUCUCAUCCCAAAAGUACAGCAUGAUUUAUUGCUGUCCAAUUUUGUAAAACUAGAAUCAGAUUGAGUUUUAAAUGUUGCCCAUAGAAUUAUUUUUCAGAGAACUCUUGAAUUCUUUCUGCUGUACUUCUGUUAAGGCACAAUUUAUGCAAUAUAAUAGCAUGUUGGGGUUGGAUGAUCA